AUGGCUGCUUCAGCUGAAGACAACGAGAACCUCGUGCCCGUCACCGUCCUCACCGGCUUCCUUGGGAGCGGGAAGACCACCCUGCUCAACCACAUCCUGACCGCCACCCACGGGAAGAAGAUCGCCGUCAUCGAGAACGAGUUUGGCGAUGUCGGCAUCGACGACGAGCUGCUGCAAAAGAACUCAAAGGCGGG